UUCAUAAUCCUAUCUUUUCGCUGAGCCAUCCACCACACAUUCCAUCCAGCCCAAUCUUGCAAUUCGGGUCAGAUUGAACCAUUUGAUGACGCGUAUGGAUACGGAGUAUUGGAUAGCAAACAUACCUUUUGUGUUACUGAAACGCACACAUGGUUAUGAGGCCAAAUUCGAGGGCUGUUGACCGGCGCUUGCCAAGACAUGUAGAUGCCCGCACGAGGCCAAAAUCGAGGGCUUGUCGACGGCGGCUGCCAAGAAAUGCAGUUCUUGCAGUUCUUGCAGUUCUUGCACUUCUUGACAAAUAUCAAAAGUGUCUUUGCGCUUCUUGUGGGCUGGAAAUUUCCUUUACUGCCACGGGAUGGCAUGUUCAGAUAAUUUUGGAAACGGUCAUUGACAAAAAUGUUUCUUCCUACAAGGCGUAGCCUUGAUGUCUGUUCUUCAAUAACAGGUAACAUUUGCUAGAGAUUAAGGUCUAACGUAAGAUUUUUAUCUCGGGUUCGGAUAUCGUGAUAUUCGCUUGUUUCGUGCGAGUACACAGCCCACGAUUGGGAUCUCGGGAAAUUAGAUUAUCUCAUUGAUAUUGACAUGGGCUUUUCUCAUCUCAAAUCCUUACGACAUGAUUGCUCCUUUCGAUUGGCUGAUUUUACCAAACAAGUCGAAACCUUCUCGCUUGAUGCUCCCCUCUGCAUACACGUGCUGAAAAUAGCAUUCUGGGCCUCUUGAUCUGAUGUUACAUUUGGAAGCAUCCUCACGUCAAGUAAUGGUCUUGACCGGCCUCUCAAUGAAUUCUGACAGGGACGGAGCCGUUCCUGGAGCUUUUUUCAAACGAGAUGUAGUAUUCAUAGAUUGAAUCUACGUAAUUUAGGAAUAUUUACAUUUUCCUUAUUGUUGGCGGGCACAUUCCUCCUCCGAGGGCCAGCAUUCCAGUUAUCAGCAGUGAGUUAUGGACGGUUUCGUUCCUAUACUUAAGCAGCCACCGGUAGCUCUAUCUUUCCGCGUCUGAAUCUUUGUAAAACAGUACUCGAAUUUUUUCACAAUCUCUGCAUUCACCCUUUUGUCACUCAUUUUUGUCACUCCUUUUUUCGCACCUGUUCUCAGUCAUAAUUUUUUUUACAAAGUUUCAUAUAAAGUCACUCCUUUAGAUUCUACCACAGUCAUUUCAAUCCAACUUAACUCAAACGUCGCAAUUUAAGAUUUAUAUAUCAACAAAAUUCAGUAAAUACCCAAGAUGUUAUUUUCUACUUCAAGUAUCUUCGCCGGGAUGAGCUUGCUCUCCCUUGCACUGGCUGCUCCCGCAGUUCCAGGGUUAGUACCAUAUGCAUAUCAUCCUUUUGAUUUUUCUAACACAACGACUUAGUGAGAGCACUCUCGAGAAACGUGGUUUCUCGUGUGCCAGUCCUGUCUCUGGCCUUAGCACCACGGAUUGCAAACACAUGUCGACUAUCGGGAUGGCCGGCAUGGGAACAAAUGCAAAGGCUGCUAAUGGCGGGGUCUGGAUCGGGAGCCAAGGACCCAAUACAUUCGUCUUCAAGAACAGUGCAAAAGCUCCUGUCACUGCAAUUGUCUGGACUCAAGUUGCUGGUGAUUACCAAAGCUCUUUCAUGAACGCUAGAAAGCCUCAAAUUUCAUAUUCAUUAAACGCUGGUCAAUCCAUCACCAUAUCCAUGGCAAAUGGAGUAUCCGGCGGAUUCGCAGGUCUCUACAAUCAAAAGACCACCUUGAGCCAAUAUGGUCAAAUCUUCAAUACAUGGGGAGAAUUCACCACGGGUGCCUAUGCCACGGUAGACGUUUCUCGCGAAGUCCACAUGGGUGGAAAUUCCAUGUCCAUCGAAAUCGGUGGUUGCACCUCUAAUAUGUCCAAGUGUGUCUUCACUUGCAAGAGUGGAAAUACCUGUGGUAAUGCGGGGACGUAUUCUUUGAUCAAUUGUUCGGCGGGAAGUCAGAAGGGUGCGACUUUUGGUCUUGCGGAUGGCCAACCUUCGGGUGGUUGUCAGGGGUUUAAUAAUGGUGGGAAGGUGUCGGUUACUUUUUCGGAUUAGGGUUUGGUAUGUUUUAUUUUAUGUUCUUUUUUGUUUUCUUGGGCUGGGUGUUGAAUGUUUUGGUGGUUGGAGGUAGAGGUGGAGGGACUUAUGAGGAGAUGGGAAAGUUGGGAUAUAUUUUCGUGUAUUACUAUU